AUGCACUCUCUUUAUGUGGUCAUUCUCGGACAUUGGCCACUUACACCUAUUUUGAUGUACACUAUACCUAUCUUCUUAAAUUUAUUAAUUAUAUGCACAAAAUCACAACAGGAGCGAAAGAGAGGAGAGAAAGGAAAGAGCAACAUGGAUUUUCAUACACAAGCCACACAACCAAUUCUAAUUCCCUCGCUGUGCGAUGUGUUGAAGCUUGGCACAAUUCAACAAGGGAACACGAAAUCUAACAAAAGUGCAAGUAAUAGCAGAGAAUCUAAGAUGUCUCGCACAACGUCAAGUGAAAGUUCUUCCUCGUCAAAUAAGAAACAUCAUGACACCAAAAGUGAACGCCACGGAUCCAAAAAGAAGAAAACAAGAAGUGAAACAUCGCUGACCAAGCAACCUGACGAAAUCAAGCAACUGCUGAAGAUGCAUGAGAAACGCAUGAAGAUGAAGAAACCAGUAGCGAAGGGCAAAUCUAAGAAACGCGUCAAAUUGAAGGCGAAGACGAAGGUUAUGAUGCAAAGUCAAAGGAGCAGAGAUAGAGAGAUCGAGAAGUUACUUCAAACCAUGACGAUGAAGACCAUAGACCUUCCCUCCGACUUGGAGAGGAAGAGAGAAGGAAAAGGUCAAGACGCAGAAGAAAGUGACUUUGGUAACACGUUAGAAGGAGUAACAAGCAUACGUGACGAAGAACUCGAAGUGGAAAAGACGCAAGACGAACCUGCUUUACUAGGAGUCAAAUAA